AUAUCUUCUGUUUAGCAUUCCUUCAAGCCCUAUAGUGGGAUAAAAGGAUACGUAAGAAAAUGUCAAGCUCCAAACAUGGCGCAGAGUGGUCCACUGGUCUUUGCGACUGCUUCUCUGAUGUUUCACUCUGCUGCUUGACAACCUUCUGCCCCUGUAUUACUUUCGGUAGGAAUUCUUCCAUUAUAAGCAAAGGAAGUCUUUCAUUUUGCGAAAGCUGUCUACUGUAUGUUUUAGUACAUCAUGUACUUGGUCUUUUCCCAUCGGUGCUGUGUGGCUGCUUCUAUCGUAGGAAGAUGAGGGAGGAAUUUGGGUUGAAACAAAGCCCUUGCAACGAAUUUUGCGUUCACUGUUUCUGUCACUACUGUGCCUUGUGCCAGGAGUAUCGAGAGCUCAGAAAUCAAGGAUUCGACAUGAAACUAGGAUGGGAUGAGAAUGUAGAGCGUAGGCAAAAAAGUGACCGUGGCAUAACGAUGGCGCCGGAAACCGAAGGAGGGAUGAAAAGGUGACUUUCAUCGUUUGCAGUUACUUGUGUGUGUGUGUCGGAACUCUCCAGAAUUCGCCGGUGUUUAUAAAGUGAUCGUUGUCUUCGCAUGCAUUUGAUUCUCUUUUGUGUGUUGUGUUUCCCUUGCAGUACUUCAUUUGCAUGUUUCCGAUUUUGACUCAAAUCUGUGUAUGUGGCAUAAAGUUUGUGUUACAUGUGUGCCUAUUAUCUAUGAAUAAAGUUCGAGUCAAAUUCACAAUCA